UGAUUUGUUUAAUGUUAGUUGAAUUGGAUCUAUAUCUCUUCUUUAGAUCUCCUCCAUUUAAUAAGGGCUUUCUUUCCCCAUAUCUCACACUUCUCUUUUCUUUUCUAAGCAACAAUGUCAAUGUCAAUGUCAAUGUCGUCUCCUUGACUUCAGUUUCACACUAUCCACCCUCCUCUUCUUCUUCACGUUCUGUUAUGGAGUCUCCAACCAUAUCUUAUUAGAUUCUUUCAAGUAGCGUUCCCUCAACUCUCUGAUCAUAGCUUUCUAAAUAAAGUCUCUGGCCUUCCUUUGCUUUUACCCGUCCAUGGAUCCGACUUCAAGAUCCGACCCGCGCCGCCGAUUUUUGGGGGUUUGAGCUUCCCGACGUUUCCGUAUCUCUCUGGGAGCCGAUGAAACGAUCCGUUAGGCCUCUCUUUAGUGCUCUCCUCUUCGCCUUCUUCGCCGCCACGCUCAUUUGCAGGGUGGCGAUUCGCCGGAGUAGCUUCUCCUUCGCUUCCGCCAUCGCCGAGCUCGGUAACUCCGGACUCAUGGCUGAAGAGAUUGUAUUCAACGAGACGUUGCUCGAAUUCGCCGCCAUUGAUCUCGGCGAACCCAAGUUCAAGCAAGAGGUCGAUCUGAUUUCAGAUUACGACAACACUCGGAGAAGCCAUCGCCGCCAUUUCAGCUCCAUGUCAAGACCGAGCGAACAACAACAUCGCCAUGGGAGCAGAGACAUUGCUUCCAAAUUUCCGGUAAGGCUUCGUUCCCCUCAGGUUUACCGUUACUGGUCAGAGUUCAAGAGAAAUCUACACCUUUGGGCUCGUAGAAGAGCUUAUGAACCUAAAAUCAUGUUAGAUUUGAUCAGAUUAGUCAAGAAUCCGAUUGAUUCCCACAAUGGUGCUGUUUCGGUUUCGAGUAAAAGAUACUCAUCCUGUGCAGUGGUUGGGAAUAGCGGCACAUUGCUGAAUAGCCAAUACGGAGAUCUCAUUGAUAAGCAUGAGAUUGUAAUUCGGUUGAACAAUGCGAAAACAGAGAGGUUUGAGAAGAAGGUCGGAUCGAAAACGAGUAUAUCUUUCAUAAAUAGUAACAUUUUGCAUCAGUGUGGGAGAAGGGAGAGUUGUUAUUGUCAUCCGUAUGGAGAAACAGUGCCUAUUGUGAUGUACAUUUGCCAACCGAUUCACGUUUUGGAUUAUACUGUUUGCAAACCCUCGCAUCGAGCUCCUCUGAUCAUCACUGAUCCGAGAUUCGAUGUCCUGUGUGCUAGAAUAGUGAAGUAUUACUCGGUCAAGAAGUUCUUGGAAGAGAAGAAAGCAGAAGGGUUUGUAGAUUGGAGUAAAGGUCAUGAAGGCUCGUUGUUUCACUACUCGUCUGGUAUGCAGGCUGUGAUGCUUGCCGUGGGAGUUUGUGAGAAAGUUAGCCUUUUCGGGUUUGGGAAGUUGAAUUCAACCAAGCACCAUUACCAUACUAAUCAGAAAGCAGAGCUAAAGCUUCAUGACUAUGAAGCAGAGUAUAGAUUGUACCGCGACCUGGAGAACAAUCCCAGGGCUAUUCCAUUCUUGCCUAAAGAAUUCAAGAUCCCUUUGUUACAUGUUUUCCAUUGAAUAUACAUAUAUACCAUCAAGAGUUUUGUCAGAGAGUUGUUAUUGUUUCAAGCGAAGAAGCUUGUUGGCUAGAGUUUGCACUGUCGUUUUGUCCAAGUCCCAAAGAUUUUGCUAACACUUUCCCAAAUGGUAAGAGUGAGUGCUCUUUACAAUUUUUAUAAAAUUUUGUGGUGUCACACAUUGAUAUAUAUAUAUAUAGUAAAUUUUGACGAUU